AUGUUCGGCGCCCUUAAUCGCUUCAUCUCCCGACUUGACUCGGAUCCCAAUGCCGUCGCGGGUGCCAGAUCCCAGUCGUCCUCUGGCGGCCACUAUGGCUUCCAGAUCCUCCGCAACACCAACAGCCAAAUCCCUUUAGAGCCCUGGUUCGACUUCAUCAUCGGCAUCAAUGGUCACAACAUCGAGAAUCCCGAUCCAAAUUUGUUUGUUACGGAGCUCAAAAAUUGUGCUGGAAGCACCGUCUCUCUGGGCAUCUUCGGCGCAAAAGGAAGCCAGAUUCGAGAGAUCUACAUCACCGUGCCGAAUCUUGCUGCAGGCGAAGCCCUCGGCUUAGCACUCCAAUGGGCGCCAUUGGCCAUGGCCGAUGAUGUGUGGCAUAUUCUGGAUGUGAUGCCGAACUCACCUGCUGAUGUUGCUGGACUCUUGCCUUACAGCGACUACGUGAUUGGGUCUCCCGAUGCUCCAGCCCUGGCCGGAGAUGCUGCCUUGGGACGGAUUGUGGAAGCAUACAUGGAUGCGCCGCUGCGGCUUUGGGUCUACAACAAUGAGUACGAUGUGACAAGAAUGCUCACCAUCACUCCUGCGAGGAAUUGGGGUGGCGAUGGAGCUUUAGGCUGUGUGCUGGGUUAUGGUGCUUUGCACAGGAUUCCAGCUCCGCUUACUGAGCCUUCCACUGGUCCUGGAGAAACGAUGUUUGAGAGCAACGAAAAGGAUGCUCCAGCAUAUCAGGCUCCUAUGAGUGCUGAUGCCGGCGAUGCACCACCUGCACAGGGCGGCGGAUUCUUGGUGCCCGCAAAUAUGGCAAACUUCACGGCGCCAGCGCCGUCCAAAGGACCGCCAGCUGGAAAAGCGAGAAAGGCUCGGGCACAUCAUGCGCCCGCUGCCGGACUGGAUGAUUAUUUUGCAGAAGGAGAGCAGAAAAGUCGUGAGCUCGAGGGAAACACAACAAGCAAGACGAGUGGUCUACCUCCUCCACCAAAAUCUGGGGGGCCUCCAAAGGCAGGAACUCCUCUCCCUCCCAAGGCAGACGAAGCGAAAGAAGCAGAUGAGGCAUGA